AUGACAAAAACGAGUAUCGCAAUGAUGCCACCGCACACCACCGAAAGCAUGGCCAAUCCGGCUCCAAAACCUAGUGGAGGUCCUGUUUGCAGGAACUGUCACACACUGACAACGCCGCUCUGGCGUAGGAGUGAGCAUGGCGCGGUUCUUUGUAAUGCUUGCGGGCUAUUUCUCAAAUUGCACGGUCGUCCUCGACCCAUUAGCCUCAAAACAGACGUUAUAAAGUCGAGAAACCGUAAAAGUGCACAUUCGGGGACCAAUCCGGCAACCAAUCCGGCCACUAAUCCGGCAACCAAUCCGGCCACUAAUCCGGCGGCCAAUCCGGUAACCAAUCCGGCUGCUAAUCCUGCUGCUAAUCCGACCGCCAUUCCUACGACCCAUUCAGCUGUCAAUCCUGCUGCCAGUGCAGCUGCGAAUUCGGCCCCAAUCACUCUGCAUGAAUCAGCAGUUGAUAUGCGUAAAAAAGAUCACAAAAAGCGUAGGAUCCAGGACCCUCGCGAAAUAAGCGCUGCGGAAACGCUUGAGACAAUUCUGCAGUUUGAGAAGGGUUCCCGCCAGAUUCCCAGACUACCUGAAUCCCAAUCAGGCGAUAGCACACCGAAUCACGCAGCUGCAGCAGCGGGACACAUGCACGUUUGGCGUAGAAUAAUACCGGCAAACCAAACAAAUCCACCUGCAACACUAGGAGCUGCUGCUUCUCAACGGAAAGCUACAGGCCCAUUUCCCAAUAACGGGCGUUUGCCACAUUUAUCAAAUCUGUUAGAGUCCGUGAAAGGUACUGAUGGCGCGGCCCAAUCACAGACGCCGGACAUUCAGGUAAUUUCGACUUCCUCCCUAGAUCCGGAAAUUCUAAAACAUCAAUAUCAGGAGCAACCGGGUCAGUCUUCAGAGACUACACCGCCAUUGCCGCAACAACGACAUCAGCCGCAAGGGUUAGCUUCGCCACAAAAUUCCGGUUACGGCGGUAAGCCGCCGGUUUCUAACAGGCCUUCGGACUCGGGUCGGGUCCUUCCACCAACAGCUUUAGACAGCCAAUUUGAUGAGCACGAUCGACAAGCGCUAGACGGCAGCUACCAAAAUAUUUCAGGUCAACGAGUCAACUCGGGCCAAAUAGCAAACGGGGCCGGUCAAGUUCCACAGAUGCACAUGGCUUCGAUCAACGAAAUUCUGAAUAACCAAAAGUCCACUUACGAGUCGCUGGGUAGUACAUACCACAACGCAAUGGGUGAGGCUAGAGGACCAGGCAGCAGUAGUGUAUCAAGAGCUCAAUCACCGGGCGCUCAUAAUGGUUCAUCCCAUGGACCUAUACCGCAGAUUGUGCGUCAAAAUAACUCAGAAGGGAGACAUACUUCUCAUUUUCGUUCGGGCUCUCAGACUUCUAACUCUCCUCCACCUAUCGACUCUCAAACAAGUGCCGCCACUGGUACUUCCCCCGUCGUUAACGGUAAUGCUACCCUCAAAGUUGAGGCAUCCAGUGUACAUGAUGUUGAACAACAACGCGGACGUCUGGAACACGAAAUUACUCGUGUUAACCAACACCGCGAAGAAGCCGAAAAAUCGCAACGACACAGGCGUCUGGAACAGGAAAUUGCUCACGCCAACGAACACCGCGAUUAUGCAGAGAAAUUACAACAGCGCGAUGGUGGCGGUCAUAGCAUGAACACUGAUACGAAUAUCAGCAGGUCACGAGGAAGCCGACAUAGUCCUGAUGAGGCAGCGAAUCUGCCAAGCGCUUCUUUAAUCAGUCUCCUGCAAGGUCAGGAAGGAGUAAUAAAGCUCAAGACACGAAUCAGUGAACUUGAAUUGGUCACAGAUCUAUACAAAAGACAUAUACUUGAGCUCGAUGCUAAGUGUCGAGGCCUCGAGGAACAACUAGAAAACUUCAGGAGGGAUUGA